AUGUCCGAAGUCGCCUUCAUCAAGUCCUUCCUCUCAUCGCUCGACUCCCGUCCCAUCAAGCUCCGAGCAGACUAUGUCCUGGACGAAGAGCGAGUCGGACCUCGCGUCCCUUACCUCCUCCCCCGCCUCAGCGCCCCGCACCCCGAAAUGCCCAAGAAAGUGCAACGGACGCAAGCCCCGGGUUCCUCGAAAUCCAUAACCGUACACGUAAAGAGCGCACGCAACCCCGCAUUCGAAUUCACCUUGCCCAACGCACCCAUCACCACGACCUCAGUGCAGGAUCUCAAAGACGCAGUUCAGGAACGGGUGGUUGACGCACAGGACGGAAAGGUGUCAUUGGAGAAGAUCAAGAUUUUGUAUAAGCGGAAGCCAGUGACGGGGAAGACGAUUGCGGAGUUGUUGGCUGAUGAGCCGGAGAUGUUGGCGGGAGGCAAGGAGGUGGAGUUUGGGGUGAUGAUUAUGGGAGGGGCGAAGGUUGUGGAGGGUGGUGAGGGGGGUGGGAAUGCUGCUGCCGCUGCUGCUGCUGGUGGUGCGCCUAAGGCGGCGGUUGGGCCGAGUGGGGAGGAGGUGUUGAGGACGGAGGCGUUUUGGGAUGAUUUGCAGGGAUUCUUGGAGCAGAGGUUGAAGGAUAGUGAGGAGGCGAGGAGGUUGAGGGGGGUGUUUAAGGGGGCUUGGGAGAAGCAAUGA